AUGGAACGCCUAAAGGGUUCGUGGGAAUGGGUCAAGAACCGCUUGCCCAACCCUUUCAGGCGUGGAAAACCGCAUUUUAACUUCAUCACAACUCACUACAUGUAUAUGCUGGGAUUGACCAUAAUUGGUUCUAUCAUGAUAUAUCCUGCUGGCGUAACACCGUAUAUCGAUGCUCUAUUCUUCGCUGCAGGUGCAGCCACCCAGAGUGGUCUAAACACCAUUGACGUUAACAAAUUACACACAUAUCAACAGGUUGUGCUCUACUUUCUGGCCUGCUUCGCAAAUCCAAUCUUCAUCAAUACAUGUGUAGUCUUCAUCCGUCUUUACUGGUUUGAACAACGAUUCGACCACAUCGUCAAGGAAGCCAGAAACCAACGACGCACUCGGACGAGGUCACGAACUGUCAGCGAAUCUCGAGCAGACCCGGAUCCAGGACGUGUCGAGAUGGGAGUCAAUGGUCGUAAGAUCACAGUUCUACACCACACCACAAAACCAAAUGGAAUGAGCGCCAGAAGUGCCAACGCCAAAGUCCAUGGCAUGGAUGAAAAGGAACGCCUGGAGCAUCUUGCUGGAAGCCUAAACGAUGCGCAUGGCAGCACGUCAGAAAGUACCGAAUCAAGCGAGACACGAGAGCUAAGGUCGGGCGAUGGUGAUGAGAUAAAUGUCAUCAACAGAGACGAAGAAGUGGCCCCAGACGUUGUAGUGACUCGGAAUGAGAGCGAGGACUCGGGGAACGAGACAGACGAGAAGUCUGCAGAGCAAACUUGGCUGGGACGAAAUCCAUCCUUGAAACGAGAGAUCACAUUCGCGGACCAAGUCAGACCUUCCGAACACAGAAGACAAGCUUCAAAUCUUCAAUCCGUACCCGAAAGACCACAGCCAAUGCGUUUAGAAACAGAACACCAUAUUGCAUUCCUGGAGAGGCAGCGAAACAUCAAAGAUCAGCAAACUUUGCGCAUCCCCAACCCUAGAGAAUUUGACCGCGGAGAUCAGCCUCACGAAGUCGACUCUGAUGAAGAAAUUGACGGCCUCAACCGUCAAAUGACCAGGAAUACUCUGCCAUCAUCACCUCGGCUCCGCGGACGUUCGUCUUCUGAUGCUCCGUCAGGUCAGUUGAAUGGCGAUGACCAUCCAGUCAGACGUGGCAUCAUCAUCGACGAGCCAGAACGUCCACGACGCGACCGUCAACCAUCACCAGCUUCGAGCACUGAACGCUCGCAUCGCUUCAACUUACUAGCACCUCUUCGCAAACUUCGUAGCAGACAGCGUGGAGAUAGCACUACGUUCGGUCGUUCUCUGAGUGGUAUCACCAAUAGAACCUUCAGCUUCACCAAGAGUCAGGAUCGUGACAUGCAGGACCCUAUGCCAUAUCUAAGUUGGCAACCGACGAUUGGCCGUAACUCACAGUUUGUGGAUCUUAGCGAAGCACAGCGAGAAGAGUUGGGUGGCAUUGAAUAUAGGGCACUCAAGACUCUGGCACUGGUGCUUGUAUGCUACUUCUUCGGGUUUCAUCUCCUCGGCGUUGUUGUCUUCCUUCCUUGGAUACUUGAAAGCGGAAAGUACGGCAACAUCGUCACUUCUGAUGGCCAAUCCAGGGCGUGGUGGGGUGUUUUCACACCUGCCUCCAUGUUUAACGAUCUUGGCUUCACGCUCACCCCGGACAGCAUGAUUUCCUUUCAGACGUCCGUCAUGCCCUUGUUAUUCGGAUCAUUCCUAAUCAUCAUCGGUAAUACCGGCUUCCCAUGCAUGCUCCGAUUUGUCAUUUGGCUUCUUUCAAAGCUCGUUCCUCAUGGCAGUGGGAUUUGGGAGGAGCUGCGCUUCUUGCUCGACCACCCUCGUCGCUGUUUCACGCUUCUGUUUCCAUCAAAGGCCAACUGGUGGCUUUUUGGAGUUCUUGUAGGUCUUAACGCCAUCGACCUGAUUUUUUUCAUCAUCCUAGACAUCAACGACUCAACGGUCACUUCUCUUGCCCCAGGAUUCCGAGUGUUGAACGGCUGGUUUCAGGCGGCUUCUACUCGUACAGCUGGAUUUGCUUCCGUCAACAUCGCAGAUCUUCACCCAGCCAUUCAGGUUUCCUAUCUGAUCAUGAUGUAUAUCUCCGUCUUCCCUGUUGCCAUCUCAGUCCGCAGAACCAAUGUAUACGAAGAGAAGUCUCUUGGUAUCUUUGCUGGCGAGGAAGAAGAGGAUGAGGAGAACCGCAGCUACGUUGGUCAGCAUUUGCGCCGACAACUGAGUUUUGACUUGUGGUAUAUCUUUUUGGGAUUCUUCAUCAUAACCAUUGUCGAAGGUCAUCGUCUGGAGGAUACCAACGCCUACGCGUUCACUAUGUUCGCUGUCCUUUUCGAGAUUGUGUCUGCAUAUGGUACCGUUGGUCUUUCUCUUGGUUAUCCGACCAUCAACGCCUCUUUCAGUGCCGAGUUUGCGACAUUGAGCAAACUUGUCAUCAUUGCCAUGAUGGUUCGUGGGCGACAUCGUGGUUUGCCAUACGCACUGGAUCGUGCCAUUCUGCUGCCCUCGGAGAACCUCAACAAGAAUGAAGCAGAGGGUGUGACGACAACUGCUCGCAGUAGCACAGAUGAAGCCCGUCCCUACUCGCGCGCUUCGUCCAACAGAGAUAGUAAUGUACCUCCAGAAGCCAGUGGUGCAUCUCUGGACUUCAGCCCUACUGGCUUGAGACAGAUGCGUCGUGGUAGCCAGGUCAGCACCAGAUCGGCUGCAACCAGAAGUCAAGCCCCUGCAAGACGCAUGUCUAAGAUCUUGAUGAGUGGGUUGAGCGCUGGGCCGACGAUGGGCAGGAAAUACGAUUGA